GACUGUCGGGGGCAGCGAGUUCGAGGUGGACUGCCAGCCCGGCGACUCCGUCGCGCAGCUGAGGGCCGCCGUGGCGGCGGCCCACCCCCCGCCACGGCCGCCGCCAGAGGCCCUGCAGCUGGUGCACGCUGGCAGGGUGCUCGGCGAGGACGGCGAGCGCCUGGAGGCGGCGGGCCUCCGUGCGGGCGCGCUCGUCGUCGCGGCGAAGCGGCGCGCCCCGCCGCCGCCGCCGGGCGGCACCGCCGCUGCGGGCGCAGCGCGCGGCCCCGAAGCAGCCGUGGCGCCGGCGCAGCGCGCGGCAGCCGCGGGCGCCGCGGCGGGCGCCGCGGCGGCGGCAGCCCCCGCGGCCCCCGCGGCCGACGCUGAGCCGCCUGGCAGGACGGGGCCGGAGCUUUCCUCCGCGGGCGGCCAACCGCACGGCGGGGGCCUCCUGCGCGGCGCCGCGCGCGCGGCGGCGCUGGCCGCGCUGCUGGCCGUGGCGGCGGCGGGGCUGCCCGUGGCGGGUCUGCUGCUGCGGGCGCUGGUACGGGGCGGUGGUGCCUGA